AUGGCAUGGAAGAAAGCCGAGCUACUCGCCGCUCUGAAGGAGCUGCGGGAUCGGACCGAUGAGCUCAUGGGCCUGCUCGAUCAACAGGAAGAUGGCGUCGACGUCGCUCCCGAGAGCAGCUGGUCGUUUCCCUACACUCCGGAGAGUGGCUCGUGCACUGCGUCGUUCCGAAUCGCCUCGGAGACGGCCCUUCGUGCGCUUCUCAAUCCAGUGCAGUACGUGUUCGAAUGCCUUACGGGCGGCAGCGAGACAAAGGCCCUCGUGGCGCUCGUCCAGAGCGGCGCUCCCGACCAAUUGGGCAAGCAGGAGACGUUGUCAAUCGACGAGCUCGCGUCACGCUGCAAGGCGGUGCCAGAUCGCCUGCGGGCCGUGAUCAGAAUCAGUGCAAGAUUGGGUAUCCUGCAGGAGACGAAGCCUCUCUCCGACGUCUGGACGCACACGCCCCACUCCCUGGUUCUUCGCAAGGACAGCUCCGCGCCUAUUUGGGCCAUGACGAGCUGGUCCCAGGCUUUCGUCACAAAGAUCAUGGACAAGGUCCCGGACCUGGUUUCACAGGAGAAUGCCGGCAAGACGGGCGUGGAGCUGGCCUGUGGAAAGGCUUCUGUAUUCGAGAUCCUUUCCGAGCCGCAAAAUGCCGAUCUGUCGACCUACUUUAAUCUCACCAUGAAGGCAUCCAGCCCGUUCAUGGCAGGCGGUGUCGCGGAUGACUACCCGUGGGAGCAGUUUGGUCGGGACGCCACCGUUGUGGAUGUUGGAGGGGGUAUAGGGUCGCAAAUGAUCGUCGUUGCCAAGAAGCACCCCAAGAUGCAAUUCGUCGUCCAAGACCUCGAACACGUCUGUCAAGGAGGAAGGAAGUUCUGGCAGACGCAGAUGCCGGACGACAUGUCACGACGGGUGCAUUUCCAAGCCCACGACUUCUACACGCCCCAGCCUGUGGAGCUCCCUAACAACCUACGGCCCAGUGUCUAUUGGAUGCGCUGGAUUAUUCACGAUUGGGACGAUGACAAGGCCAUCAAGAUCCUCCAGGCGCUUCGACACAGCGUCCAGCCGGGCGCCAAGCUUCUUCUGGGCGAGUUUGUCGUCACGGAGCAUCUGAGCAAGGUGGCCGCCCAGUGGAUGCUCUCGAUGCUCCUCUACGGGGGCACCGAGAGAACUGAGCAUGAAUAUGGGGUGCUCCUGGCCGCGUCUGGCUGGAAGAUAACCAAGCUGUACAAGACCCGGUCGCCUCUGGACAUUAUCGAAUGCGAGGCCAUCUAA